UCAGUGUCUAUAAAGAAACGUUAGAUAUCACAGAGGGCAACUCUUGAACAGUUCGAGAUGAUGAUCAAGUGGUUACUACUUCUAUCUGCAGCAGCAGUAAUUGCUGCCUCAAAUCCUGAAGAGGAGAGCGACGACCCAAAUGUCUAUGAAGGCGACAUGAUUCUUACGGCAGAACAAAGAGCCGCCGCUCUACAUGGUCAGCGGGCUUCUAUAAAUAGUAGACUGUGGCCAAAAGGACUAUUUGUUUACGAAAUUGACAGUUCGCUUGCCGGCAACUCAAGAGCAGUGAGUGCCAUUCGGGCAGGAAUAAGCUUAUGGCAGGGCAGCACAUGCAUACGAUUCAAGCAGAGGACAAACGAAAGAGCCUACGCACGUUUUAAAUUGGGACAAGGUUGUUCUUCGUACGUUGGCCGGACUGGUAAUAAACAAGAUAUUAACCUUGCUUCUGGUUGUUGGCAUAAUGGAAUAGUGGCUCACGAAAUUGGUCACGCUCUUGGUUUCUACCACGAACAAUCCAGACCAGAUCGUGAUAAUUAUGUGCUAAUCAAGUGGGAAAACAUAAAGACAGGAAUGCAAUACAACUUUCAGAGACAAGGAGGUAUCAAUUCUCUGGGUACUGAAUAUGACUAUGGCUCGCUUAUGCAUUACCAAAAAACUGCUUUCAGCAAAAAUGGCCAACCGACUAUUGAAUCAAAAAAACCUGGGGUAACUCUUGGACAACGAGGUGGUCCAAGUCGUAUCGACAUUAAACAGAUGAAAUUACUGUACAAGUGUGGAGGAGGAGGCGGUGGCGGUGGAGGA